CUUUUAUUCUUUAAUAAUAACGCCGUGUGCUAGCUUUUGUGGCGUCUUUGUUUGUGAGCUUGAACAUACAGUGUGUUUAAGUGUUGACACUCCGAAAAACACCCGAAGCAAAAAAAACUCUUAUUUUUCAGUUCCUCACAUCCCAAGCCUUUAUAAAUAAGUUUUAGGGUUUUUUUGGGGUACACAAGGAACGUGUUUCGCUUGAUCAUUUACUAGCAUUUUGGGGUGAACAUUUUGUUUUCAGGAUUGUCACUAUAAUGGCAUUGGCGUUAGUGAUAGACAUAAGAAAUGGAGUCUCUAGUUCUCGCGCAACAUCCACAAGCGAGAAUGGUGCCGUUGUCUUGAACAAAAAAGAAAAGGAGAGAAAUCAAGAAGAACAUAUGGUGGUGCCUGAGUCUGAGAUGAAUUCCCAAAACGAGGUCGAAUCGCCGCUACAAUUGGAGCAGCAGCAACAACAACACAACAACAAGAACGAUCCAUUUUCAUCACUGGGAAGACAAUCUUCUUCGAUAUACUCCCUCACCCUUGACGAGUUCCAGCACACGCUAUGGGAGAGUGGCAAGAACUUCGGGUCCAUGAACAUGGACGAGUUCCUCAGCAGCAUAUGGAGUGCAGAAGAGAAUCAAGUUUUGAACAAUUCCGUCUCUAACAACAACAACAACAUGAACAACUUGUCUUUAGAAGCUUUGACAGAGAAAGGGGUGAUAAGGAAGCAACCAAGCCUUCCUCGGCAAGGUUCUCUAACACUUCCUGCACCCUUGUGUAGGAAAACAGUGGACGAGGUUUGGUCUGAGAUACACAAAGGACAACAAUCUCAGCAACAACAACAGCAACAGCAAAACAAUAACACUAACAACAAUUGUGGCGGUGGUAGUAAUAAUAAUAAUGUGCAGAAUACCGAAUCUGCCCCUCGCCAACCUACCUUUGGAGAGAUGACUUUGGAGGAUUUCUUGGUUAAAGCUGGGGUAGUUAGGGAACAAGGUGGAAUGGCUGCAAUGCCUGCCAUGCCUGCUCAAGCUUCAGCACAUCAACAUAUGCAGCAGUAUGGCAUGUAUGCAAAUAACAACCCUACAAUGGGGGCUUCUUUUGUCGGUAGGCCGGUAAUGGGGAUGGCGGGUGGCGUCGAUGUCGGUGGCGGUGGUGGUGGGAAUGUGGUUGCACCGCCUUACCAGGCUGUGCCUCAGGGUGGUGUUGGUGGUGCAAUUGGGGAUUCUUCUGGGUAUGCUGGAAAUGGAAAGAGGGAUGUUGGGUAUCCACCGGCGGCGGUGCCGCCACCGGGGGUUUGCUUUGGAGGGAGGGUGUUGAAUGGUGGCGGUGGCUAUGCGGCAGUGAGUAACAUGGGAAUGGUGGCGCCAGUGAGCCCGGUUUCACCGGAGGGGAUUGGAACCGGCGAAAACUCUGGUGGUCAGUUCGGGAUGGACAUUAGUGUAUUGAGAGGGAGAAAGAGGGUGUUGGAUGGUCCUGUGGAGAAGGUGGUAGAGAGAAGGCAGAGGAGGAUGAUCAAGAACAGAGAAUCAGCAGCCAGAUCUAGAGCAAGAAAACAGGCAUACACUGUUGAAUUAGAAGCAGAAUUAAACCAAUUGAAAGAAGAGAACGGGCAACUUAAACUAGCUCUGGCUGAUCUUGAGAGGAGAAGAAAGCAACAGUGUUUGGAGGAAGUGAACGGGAGAGUUCAAACCAACGCUCAGAAGGCCAAAAAGAAAUUGAGAUCAUUGAGAAAGACCCUAAGUUGCCCUUUAUGAGUCAACUAAAGGAUCUACAUGUGUAACCAGUGACAGUUCUUAAUUAGAUUUUAGUACAUAGAGGAGUUGGCUGUGGUGCAUCUUCUUGUGUUUUUGCAUGAACAACACUCCAUGAUGCAAAGCAAGAAGGAAGCAAGACAUAGAAAAAACUGAGACUAAUGUCAAAGCCAACUAAGGCGAACAAGAACACAAUUGCUAAAGCAAGUUCGUGGCCAAUCAAGGAUUAGAUGACUGUUUUUCAAAUGAGUGACUAGUUAGUGAAAUAUAGUAAAUAUAUAUAGUUUGUUUGUAUUAUUGAUGACAUUUUCAAUGUCAAAUAAAUAAAUCUUAGUUGCCUGUAUGGCUGUAUUAA